AUGCCUCAAUGGAUUCUAGGAGAUCGAUUCGAAACCACUUACCCUCAUAAGGGAUCUAUUAAGGCCCUGUGGGAGACGAAGUGGAAGUUUGUCGCUUCAAAGUCUAUUUAUCCAUUUCACGAUGGCGCAUUUGAGGACUUUGAGCCGAUCUUCGAGAAGCUGAUUGCCGAAAAUAUCAACGACGCCUUCUCCGACGCCUACACAAACGCUUUCCUCCCCAUUGCCUCCAAGCUCGAAGCCCAAGCAGUUGAAGCGCUCAACAAUGGCCAUCCAGACAAGGCAUCCGACCUCUACCGUCGUGCCUCCGUCGUCCUUCGAAUCUCGCGCUUCCCAUACGUGAGCCCCAGCAGCCGUCCCGAGUCCUCCAUCAAGCGAGUCGCCUUCGACCGCCAGAAAGACGUAUACCUGAAAGCCGCAUCGCUGUGGAACCCGAUCAUCAAGGAAGAAAUCAUCCCACACAAGCACGCUACCGGCAAAGAUGGCAAUCAGAUCCCAAUCUACGUCCGUCUCCCGAAUGAAGCGAGCGAGGGUCCGGUCCCUGUCAUCCUGAUCAUGACCGGACUGGACGGCUACAGACCCGACAACAGCCAGCGCACGCACGAGAUCAUCAACCGCGGCUGGGCAACUGUGAUUGUCGAAAUCCCCGGCACAGCCGAUUGUCCCGCUGAUCCUGCCGACCCUGAGUCCCCGGAUCGUUUGUGGUCUAGUGUUUUGGAUUACAUGGCUUCGCGGCCUGAGUUUGAUAUGUCUCGUGUCGCGGUCUGGGGACUCAGUGCCGGUGGCUUCUAUGCUAUUCGUGCUGCUUGUACCCAUCGUGAUCGCCUCAUUGGAUCUAUGGCUCAUGGCCCUGGUAGCCACCAUUUCUUGGACCCGGAUUGGCUGCGUAAGGUCAAUGACCAUGAAUAUCCGUUUACUAUCACGGAUAGCUGGGCUGAGAAGUACGGCUACGAGAGCACGGAGGACUUUGUGCGAAAUGCGCAGAAGAAGUUCUCGCUUGUUGAGACUGGCGUUGUGGACCAGCCUAAUUGCCGACUGCUAUUGUUGAACGGCGUUGAUGAUGGAGUCGUCCCCAUUGAAGAUUGCCUUGUUCUUUUCAACCACGGUGGUCCCAAGGAAGGCCGUUUCUUCGAUGGUAUGGUUCAUAUGGGAUACCCAAACAGCCUACCUGUUUCUUACAAGUGGCUUGAGGAUCUUCUGUCACCCAACAAGACCGAGGUAAAGAACUAG